AUGGAGGACCAGAAAGACACGGAGGACCAGAAGGACUCGAAGGACCAGGAGAACACCAAGGACCAGAAGGACACGAAGGAUAUGGAGUACCAGAAAGACAUGGAGGACCAGAAGGACAUGAAGGACCAGGAGAACACGAAGGACCAGAGGGACACGAAGGAAACGCAAGACCAGAGAGACACGGAGGACCAGAAGGACUCGAAGGACCAGGAGAACACCAAGGACCAGAAGGACACGAAGGAUAUGGAGUACCAGAAAGACAUGGAGGACCAUAAGGACAUGAAGGACCAGGAGAACAUGGAAGACCAGGAGGACACGAAGGAAACGGAGGACCAGAAAGACACGGAGGACCAGGAGAACACGGAGGACCAGAAGGACUCGAAGGACCAGGAGAACACCAAGGACCAGAAGGACACGAAGGAUAUGGAGGACCAGAAGGACAUGAAGGACCAGGAGAACAUGGAAGACCAGGAGGACACGAAGGAAACGGAGGACCAGAAAGGCACGGAGGACCAGAAGGACUCGAAGGACCAGGAGAACACCAAGGACCAGAAGGACACGAAGGAUAUGGAGUACCAGAAAGACAUGGAGGACCAUAAGGACAUGAAGGACCAGGAGAACAUGGAGGACCAGGAGAACACGAAGGAAACGGAAGACCAGAAAGACACGGAGGACCAGGAGGAUACGGAGGACCAGAAGGACUCCAAGGACCAGGAGAACACGAAGGACCAGAAGGACACGUAG